UGUUUUUUUUUUAAAUUUCAAAGCAAUACUAAGAUAUUUGUACAAUUAUCAGACUUUGAACUGUAUAAAUAUUACAUAAUGCUUCUGAAAAUAUGGAUACAAUGCUGAUUUAUGUUUUUGAGCAGAAAAUUAACUGAUGGCAUCAUGGUAUGGUCAGAAAAUGUGUAAAACAGAAAGAGUUAUAACAAGGAUGUUAAUGAUGUGUAAAAUAGAGCUUUCCUGCUAGAGUAAUGGGAGGCCUGAGUUGUGUUGCUAAAAAGCAAGAAGAUGAAGUUGGUCCUGAGGUGGCGGGUGGGGAAUCUUCAGAAUACACCCUUCUGAAAGAGAGACGGGAAUCCCAGAAACCUUGGAACAGGAACAGUACACAUAUCUAUUGCGGUGAAAGGAAAAAUAAACCAGAUGAAGACAAGCCUCCAGAUGAUCAGGAUGGUGCAACCUGUGAUCAGGAUAAAGACUCUAACAAAACGGAAGAAAGCGUGUUAAUAAAUGGUGACGUGGGUGGGGUCAGUAUUAAGUCAGAUGAAAUAGUUUCAUAUGAAGCUGCUGGGAGAACAGAAAACAUUACUAAUGAAAGUUCGUCUGACUCUGAUGACACUGAUAAUGAAUCGAAGGAUUCUGUACCAGACAUUCAUGGUUCAGACUCACCACUCAGAUUCAACCCACCUCCACACAUUGCUCCAUUCAACCCAAAAUAUCUACGGCGGCCAAGAAGCCUUGAUUCUGCUGAAAAUUUUAAACCAAAAUCAAAGUCAAGACCCCUCAGUUAUAGUCCUGGAUUACUUAAGACAAAGCAUCCACGCAGCUUACAUUGUAUAACAGAGCAAGUUAUCGCAGAAACUAAGCAAAGGCCAAGACAAAGGCCACAGAGUAUGGACAUGUCUGCUUUCUUUGAAGUGAAAGGAUUCGAUAUCCAUACACAGAAACUUAGGAGAUUAUUGACCCAGAAAACUCCAAAACGAAGUAGAGCAGAAAAGCAACAACACUUCAGUAAUGCCUUAUUGCCAUUACAGGUGGAGCCUGGGCAGGUGAAGUUCCUGGAGGAAGGUCCUAGCCGCUGCUUCCAGCCCAGUCAGAUGCUACAGCGCAAACGCAAAAACAGGGAGCUUGUAGUCAAGGAAGUGAAUUACUUGAGAAAAGCCAUGACAAGGCCGAGGAUGAAGUUUUCUAAGUCAUUAGAUAUAUUUAUCAAGAACUGUGAGCAGUACAUGAAAUACGACCCGCUACACAAUGAAAAAGCAGCCCAGCCCAGUAACCCCUGGAUCUCUGAGGAUGAAGUAAUGUGGGACAUUAACAGGAGAAUAGUGGAAAUCCCGACAGAAAUGCGUAUCCGGAUGUGGGCCCUGAGAUUUGAGGCUCUGCUUCAGGACGCAACAGGAUGUUUGGAGUUUGAACAUUUCCUGAAGAAGGAGUACAGCCUGGAGAAUAUCCGCUUCUACAAGGCUUGCAAGGAGCUAAUUGUCUGCCCCAACAGUGACGUUGCUCGCUGGAAGGCCGAGAUUGAAAGGGAGUUUCUGACCCCUGGGGCGCCAUGUGAGGUGAACAUUGACUGUAAGACCCUGGAACAGGUGCUUAAACAACUUCACAGUGACAAUGACGUCUCCUGCAAAUCCAGGUUCAUAUUCCAGCCCGCGAUGGAGCAUGUGUAUGGGCUGAUGAAGAAGGACAGCUACACACGCUUUAUCCGCUCUGACCAGUAUAAACAACUCCUCGAGAAGUCACAGACAGUCUUUGCUAAGAAAAGGUUUUUCAACUUUGGGAGCAAUCGAAAGAAAACGACAGCCCCUAGUCCCCAGGUCCGGAGGCGGGGUAGCGUGUCAAGUGAUGGGGGUAUCGAGGCAGAGAUUGGUGGGGCAUCUUAUCACUCUUACAGCACUGGAAACUUGAAGGAGCUUGAAGAUAAACCCAAGCAUGCCCUCAGGCAGACAAAUUCUCCAUCUUUAAGGAGACGCACAGAGAAUGUUGAGAGCAAACUGAUUGGGGGCAUGGACCCUCGUCGCCGUAGCAACCUUGAGGUGCCCAGGGCAUCUUACAAUGCCACAGGGACGGAUGCUUCUAGGAAAUCUGAAGCCCUGGCUCCAUGCAUUGCCCUGAAUGUGCCCCGCACCAACAUCGUAACACCAUGGGAGGGGGAUACAUAAGCCAAUACUGGCUUGUUGCCCUCUCCUUAGAGAUCAAGGCAGUCAUGGUGAUCAAACAUGAGCGGGCUUCAAACUUUUGAUAACAGAAAGGAAUAUGUUGUUUUGUUAAGUUUUCAGCUUGAAAUUGUUAAUCAAAGAAUCCUUUUAUUUCUCCUUUCGCCUACAGUCUAAAGAAAUGAUACUUGAAGUAGGUUGAUGAAUACUUUGUUUGAAACAGAGUAUGUUAUGGUUCUUCUUGAAAAGUGAUCAUUGUUAAAUUUUUAAGUGUGUGAGUUCAUUUUCUUAGAUCCCAUGUUUUUGAUUGAUAAAUACUUGCAGUUUUUAACAUCUUUAUACAAAAAGUCUUAGUUGAAGCUGGUGUCCGAGAAACAAAUUUGUCCGCAAUUAUACGUAACUACAUUAAAUAGCUGAUACUUCAUGUUGAAGAAACAGAAACCUUAUUACUGGUAUUCAUGAGAAGAUAAUUUGAUAAUGGUUUUUAGUAUUCUAAUUUUCAUCAAUUUGUGAGUUUACUCAUUUUUAGCUCAUCUGUUUUUUAAAUCAGUAUUGUCAUAGCCUUGGCAACUGCAUUGUUAUGCAAAAAAUUAAACAUUGGCCGUAUCUCAAAAGCUUUUAAGAUAUUCAAAUGAAACUUGGAAGACAUGUUUCCAGAGACAGAACUUGUAUCACAUGUUUCCAGAGACAGAACUUGUAUCACAUGUUUCCAGAGACAGAACGUGUAUCACAUGUUUCCAGAGACAGAACUUGUAUCACAUGUUUCCAGAGACAGAACUUGUAUCACAUGUUUCCAGAGACAGAACGUGUAUCACAUGUUUCCAGAGACAGAACGUGUAUCACAUGUUUCCAGAGACAGAACUUGUAUCACAUGUUUCCAGAGACAAAACUUGUAUCACAUGUUUCCAGAGACAGAACUUGUAUCACAUGUUUCCAGAGACAGAACUUGUAUCACAUGUUUCCAGAGACAAAACUUGUAUCACAUGUUUCCAGAGACAGAAUUUGUAUCACAUGUUUCCAGAGACAGAACGUGUAUCACAUGUUUCCAGAGACAGAACUUGUAUCACAUGUUUCCAGAGACAGAACGUGUAUCACAUGUUUCCAGAGACAGAACUUGUAUCACAUGUUUCUUGAGACAGAACUUGUAUCACAUGUUUCCAGAGACAAAACUUGGUACACAUGUUGCCAGUGAAAAUAUUCACAUGUGUAGCAAGCCCCAUAACUCUGACUUAAAUAAUUGGUGAUUUAUGCCCCUUGUUUGACUGGAACAAAAACAGACGAGCUUAAGUGUUCACUGAAAGGCACUCUUGUCUCAUUAUCGCUGCUGUUGGUAUUUUUCAGAUGCAAAUAUGCACAAUAUGUAGGCACAUUAAAAUGCAAGCAAUAGUGGAUAUGGCUUUUAAUUUUAAAGCUUGUGAUCUGUUCCUCCCACCACCCCCACCCACAACACCAUUGCAUUGACCAAGAGUUUUAAUUUGCCUGGAAUAAAAUAGGAACAUGUGUCUGAUGGAUUUGAAAUGGUAGCCUGUUUGAAAAUAGUUCCAAGUAAAUUUUCUUGCCAGCUUGUUUUCUUCAGAAUGGCUCUUACCUCUAGUCAGUUCUUGUGUUCAUUUUACAUUGUUAAUGUUGAAAAAACAACAACAAUUAAAAAAGCUGUGUCAUAUCAGGAAUUGAAUGUGAUAAGGGUCUCAUAGUUAUUUGUUCAAUUUCAAUGCAAGUUUAUCAUGUUUCAUGUUGUUGAAGCCCUUUAGAAAUUAGUAGUGACCAGUUUAGUGUGAUUAUCGGCAUCUGUCUCAUUCAAGUUCAAAUUGCUGUUUAAACAUUGCAUUAGUUUGCGAAAAGAAAAAAACAAAGAAAGAGACAAAGGGUUUAUUUAUGGAUUUAUUAGUUAAUAAUGUCAAAAGUGAUUUGUGGUUAAAUAAGAUGAUUUAAAAUGCAUACAAUGCUUAUAGCUAGCUAAAAUCAGAAGCUUUAUGCUUUGUUUGUUGGUGAAUAUUUUAUACGUUGAAGAAUUUAUAUGUAUUAAUAAAAUCUAUGUUAAAAAAAUGCUUUUUUUAAAAGCCUUUUUUAAGGAUGCCAAAAGUAUAUUUUAUCUAUAGUAUUUGCAGCAUAAAAUUUUGAUAUAAAUAAAUGUAAUAAGAAAUGUAGUAAAUAUUUAUAAGUACUUGUUAAAGUCUAUGAAUGUUUGUUUGCCAUUAUUUCGUUAGUCAAAAAGCUUAACAGAUUUAGUAGGCUUUUUUUGUUACUGUAACGAUUACAUUUCAAAUAUACAACAUUCCAUUUUGUAGGUUAAAUUCAUUUGUGUAGAGUAUUGUGGUUAGAAAUAUGUACUGUUCUCUUUUUCCUGUCAUGUUGAGAUCCAUUGUUCUAUGCAUCUACCUACAUGUGUGUUUGUUCAUGCUCUUAUAUUCCUCAUUAUUCACCAAAGAUAGUCUGAGAAUAUGGGCAUUUCCUAAAACCAUUUUGAGGGCCUUCCAUAGUGCAAAAGCAGGUUGGGAUGGAUGGCCAAAAAAUUAAAAUGCUCCAAAGUUCAUGCUUUAUUUAGUUUUGAGGAACACUCUUUUUCAGUAGUAAAACAUACAUCCUUUGUGAUAUGUUUUGUGUAAUAAGGAGAUGACUAAAUUGUAAGAAAAAAUAUUUUAUCACAUUUUGGAUUUGCAUUUUUGUUUCCAGAAGUCUUCUUGACAAAAUAAAUAUGUUUUUGGGUCAAAAUGCCCCAGACUUCCUUACCAACAAUGUCAAGUGGUUUCUUGGUGAUAUAUUUCCAACUAAGAAAAAUAUUCAAUAAUAUAAUGAAAAAAGAGGACCAGGUUACAGAAAUGCCACAUUUGCACUGUAGAAGGGCCUUAAAAGAAAUAUCCCGUAAAAGAAGUAUAGCUUUAAAAGAUUGUCUAAGUAUUAAUAGUGUAAAUGAUAACUUUAUUUCAGUGAACAUUGAAACAUUGGGCGGAUUAUUCAGAACUUUGUUGAUGUUAACAACAUGAUUAACAGCAUCGUUGUUAACUUUAGAAUGUAAAAUAUUUUACGAUAGGCUUAUAUAUUUGCAUAAAGCACGUACAGCUGAAACAGUUGUUUCAAAAGAUGUAAGAAUCACUGCAGUCUAUCAAUAAACCAGUGCAGUAACAAUUCUAAUGUUAGCAACAAUGGAUGUUUCCAACGUUGUUAACUUUGACAAAGUUCUGAACAAUCCUCCCAUUGGGUGAUAAUCAGAUUGAGAAAACUGUUAGGUAAUUAAUGCUUUAAUCGACCAACGUAUGAUUACGAACCACAUCAGACUUGACAUGUUCUAUACAACAGGGUAUUAUUGAGAUCGAUAUCUGCCAGAACAUUUGCAGAUGUCAGUGCUGCUGUAUGGGUGGUUUGAGAUACACAUAACUACUAUGUGUAUUGCAUAGUGCCUUUUUGUGACAGUAAAAUUUCUUGUGACUCUGCAGUUACCUUCCAAGUUCCUAAUGGGUAUGGAUAAUCAAAACAUGUAAAGUUUCAUUCAGAAGUUAUCUCCCCAUACUUACUUCAUCGUACAUUCCAACAGAAGUGUUCAAGACCUACUUCAGAUGAUUUCACUGUUAAAAGUGUUUAGAAAAGAAAACUUGACUAUGUGUUUGUAUGUCAUCUUUUUUAUAAGGCAUUGGCCUAACUGAUGCAGCUGGUAGUCUUUCAUUUAUGUCAAGCAAGACUAGUGUUUUUAUUGUAAUACUUCCGUAAGUCUCACUGCAGCGAAAUCCUAACUAUUAAUAUGCUAUUUGUCUUUUGAAGAGGACUCGAGUCUCAUUUACCAAUUGAAGCAACAUCAUUUUAUGAACAACAAGCAUUUACUCAAUAGCUCUGGUCAUGGUCAAGAUAAGUCUAUACUCUAAAGCAGGAAGAUUGGAGGGUACUCUAAAGCAUGCAGGGAGAUUGGAGGGUACUCUAAAGCAUGCAGGAAGAUUGGAGGGUACUCUAAAGCAUGCAGGGAGAUUGGAGGGUACUCUAAAGCAUGCAGGAAGAUUGGAGGGUACUCUAAAGCAUGCAGGGAGAUUGGAGGGUACUCUAAAGCAUGCAGGGAGAUUGGAGGGUACUCUAAAGCAUGCAGGGAGAUUGGAGGGUACUCUAAAGCAUGCAGGAAGAUUGUAAUUCUGAGAACAAAUUAGUCUUUAGACAUGAGGAUUGUAAUGUUAUGAACAUUAUGGGUCAUCAAGAGUAUGUCAAAUAUAUUAGUAAUGAACAUGUUGCUUAACUUACUUAUCACUUUCAUAUUACUUUUACAUUCCCUCCCUGUGUUAUUUCUUUUUUACACGGAGAUGCCAAAACUUGAGUCAAAUGUUGAUCUCUAUAAAAAAAAAUGUGGACAUUUGUUUCACAGUUAUGCGGAGCUUUCUUUUUGUUUCCACUGAUUAUUGAAUACUUGAGUUUUUAUUUCAGAAUAAUAGUGAUGGUUUUAACUUUAACAAAUAAACAACCAAAACCUAUUCAGGUAUUAUAUUUAUUCUACCAAGUUUUUUAAUGGUAUCAGUAGUGCUAGUCGUGUGUAUUAUUGUGCAAUAUUAUAACUUUUCUAGUCUUUGCUUAUACAUUGCUUCAUACUUUGUUGUAAGCUUAUUGUCAUUCAUGAAGAUUUGACUAAUUUUUACUUUAAAUACAUGUUUAAAAUACAAACAAAUUGAUAAAUGUUUCACUGGUGUUUUUAAGAAUUUUAUAUUUAAAAUGAAAUUAGUUUGUUCCUAAAAGGGUUUUAUACAUUUUAUUUUGUGUUCUGUAAUAAUAGAUGGCUGAAGUGACUUGUUAAUCUCAAUUAUCCAUGUCAUGCUCAUCUUUAAUGCACUAUUUAGUGCACUGCCAAAAAAAAGAGUCUAAAAAUGGUCUAUUCUUAGUUGUUAAAUUAAUUCUUCAUUUAAUGAUCUGUAUAAAUAUUUGUAGUAUUGAAUCAUGAAGUAUAUACCAAUUAAAAGCAUUGCUCAUACUUUGAAUGGCUGAAGUUUAUUUGUAGACCAAAAUUUAAUUUUACAAAUGUCAUUAUCAUUGUAUAUAUUGUUUAAUUGUUGACAUUACAUUCCCUGCUACCUUUUUAUCCUAUACUAAGUUGAUUAUUUAUAUGAUUUCUGUAUUUCCCUUUACAGCUGUUUUUCUGGCUAUUCAUACCAACAGUUUUAACUUACUUUUAUACAUUUAUUAUUCUAUAGAACAUGUAGACAUUAAAAUGGAAACAUUCCAGAA